GGUGAGAGCGCGGCCCGGUUGCGACCGGUCGGCCCCACCGCCAGCGCGCGCGCACACGCCGCUCUGCGCCGUCGACGUCGCGACGCUCGCUCGUGUUGCGCCCGCGCCCGUGACUCGAUCUCACCGCUAUACAUCAACAUCAUUCCUAAGUUUGCAUCCACAAUAACAUUUUUUUUCCACGAUUUAUACACAAGUGAUCUCACAAUGUUUUUAACGUCUGCAAGUGGUUUUGGACAAUAAAUCAGUGUUUCUUAUUUGUCGGCACGAAGGAAAGUUCCUUUACGAUUUGGGCGGCGUUCCUCGGGGAUCAAGGAUACAAUCCUGAAAGCGGUGAAUGAAACCGCGCGGGUGCGCAUUUCACGCGGCAUGGCGACAGACGCGGUGGGCGAGGAGUUCAUCACUAUCGUGCCAGUUGGCGAAAACAGACUUUCUGCCGUAAGAGACUCGGCAUUUGUUACUGUGUUGACGGUGGGUGCAGCUGCUGGCGCUGCCGAAGUCGUUGUACGACGGCCACGUGGUGCACGUCUUGGACUCGGACUUAAAUUUGAAGGUGGUUCCGCAGCGGCUGAGAAAGUUCGGAGACUUCUAGUGCAGUCAUGUGCAGAGGACAGUCCAGCUGCAAACACUUGCACACCAUGGGGUAAACUUAUACCAGGUGAUGAAAUACUGGCAAUAGAUGGCGUGUCUGUAUCAGAUUUAACAAGAAUCGAUUGCGUUCGCCGACUAAAGGACUCGGAUGAAACAUUAACGCUUUUAGUACGUCAUUUGGAGGGAGUACCUGGUGAAAAAAAUAUGGAUGCGACGGAUAUUCCACCUACUGUUAAGCAAAACGAGAUUGUCAGGCCCACAAUGCUACCACCACCGGUACCGCCGCGAAAACUUGGAAAGAAAAAUUCAUUCAAGGAUAAAGGGUCCACCCUUCAAACAGUUGGUGAGCAAAAUACAGCCGAUAUUCAUCAAACACUAAAUGGCAAGGAAACUUCAGUAAAUUGUUUUUCGUCUUUUACAAAACUAUCACGAAAGUCUUCCUUUGAUAGUCAUAUUCAUCGACAAAAUAAAGAAAGUAUCGCGUGUCUUAAAAAAGGUUCACCUGAAGAAGUGAGACGCUUAGUGCGUCGAUUAUCAGAUGGUAAAGCGAUGCCGCCUGAAGCUGAAGUCUACAUUGACUUAUUGUCCACAGAAUGGGAACGUUGUCUUCUUCUCGCUGAUGCCGAGUCUGAUGACACGGGUAGCUCUAUAUCUACUGUUGUAGACAGAUUGGGGUCCAUGGCAAGUUCGGUAGAGAAUAGCAUCCCUUCUACACCAAUAAUGCAGCCUAAAACUAUAGACAUUCAGAAAGUUUUGAAUUGCAUUGAAAAUAUCGACACAAACAUUCUUAAAGAUAUGACAAACAAGAAAUUUUUAGAAAAACAACUUGAAAUAACUGAAACAAGAACAGAGAAAAAUGUUCAAUUAUCUAAUGGCUACAGUAAUCAUGAAACAGUAGCACACUCUGCGGACCUGACUUUUAAGAAAAUACAACACAACGAUAAAAAUAAUAAUAGUGUACAGAAUUCUACAAUUGAAGCAAAUACAGAUUCACAAAUAUUUGAGAAAAUGGAACCGAAAACAGAUAAUGUACCCGGAAAGCCUAAACCAAUGCCGAGGACUACUAAAGUUGAACGAUCUCUUAGUGAGAGAAAGCUAAGGUCCAUAACCAUACCGGAGAAUCCACCACCACCAAUUCCUGAGCCAUUAUUAACACCGACAAAGAAAAACUGUAUUGAAACUUGGUUACAGCGGUCAGAAGCUGAAAUGAAUAAUAAAUCAGUUGAAAAAUUGGAAGAUAACCCUGUACCUGAGGCACUGCCACGAUUGAUUGAUUUCGUGCCGAAACCCCAGUUCAAGGAGUGCGGGAGUGAAACGACGUUAACGCGACCCACAACUGCGCCUCCUCCACCGCCGCCUGCCGAAACGAGGGAAGACGGCUCCGGAGCUUCACUUGACACUAUAGGUGAACUGGACGAGAGCAGUGACGUCACCGACAACCUUAAACCAAUCGUCAUUGAGAGCGAUACCGCUGCACGGAAAACAUUCGAAAGAAGUUUUUGGGAAGAUCGUGUCAACAAAAGCGACACCGAGGAUAAAAGCCUAUCAAAUGAUGAAACGCCCCUUCCCACGUGUCCUCGACAACCCCCUGAUGGAGUGGAAACCCCUUGUGACGCGGUGGAGAAAAUUCCUGACCCUCCAACUCGUCUACCGCCGCGACUCCCUGCUGGUUGGUCCAGUUGCCGCCCAAGAUUCUCAUACACUUCGCGAAGCCAGGACGCAAGAAGCGAAGCCAGUGUUAAAGAUAAAAUCGCAAUGUUUUCUAACGACUGCUCUUCUUCGGAACGCUUGGAUAAAUGUGGAACGCUACCAGCAAGGAAUACCACAACUACGAGGAAAUCUACACCAUACGUGACUAAUUAUGCCGAAGUCUCAACAUUGGAUAGACGUUUAACAAAGUCGCAAGAUAACCUUGACGAAGUACCACGGUCCUAUAAAAGGCACAUGGACAGGCCAGAUGUGCUUGGAUCUACGGAAAAUUCUACAAGUACCGUUGUUACUACUCCAUCAAAAACUAGCAACAGAACACUUGCUACGGAUAACAAACCAUUGUUCUACGGUAGCGCUACUACAAUACCAACAAGUAUAGAAGCCUCAUAUGUUCCACCAAUAUACCAUACGCGCAGUGCAAGUGACGAUAAUGGUAGCAAUAAAAGUACACACAAAUCUAAUUUGGAAUACUUAAUCGAACAAAGGAAGAAAUCCAUGUCAAAACUUAGAGGUCUUGUCAUACCUGAAGUUCAAGGACCUAUAGUUGACUUACCUGAAAUCAAAGUACAAGAUACUCUAACAAAAGCAUUCCUUACUAAAUCUAUUCAAAGUCAUAAUUCUAACAACAAAGACUGUAAAACCAAGACCGUUAAACCGACACCGUUCAAUGAUUCCAAGUGGAAAACUAAUUUAUUGUCAAAUAAUAUUCCCAAAUAUUCUCCUGCCUUCAAAAGGAAAUCAUUGCAAGUCUACACAUCUUCAUGCUUAUCCAAAGAAUCAACUCCGGAGCGGAAAUUUAUUGAGAAGAUUGAUGUAACGAAUAAAGUAAAUAAUAGCCACAACAAUGACAUAAAACCUUUGCGAUCUGCAUUGGACAUUAAAAGUGGAUCAGAAAGACUACUGAAUCCGAUAUUGUCAUCUAAAUUUUCAACUGCACUACCACAUAAAUUAACAAGUAAAGAUUACAAGGACAUAUUGAAUGAUGUCCGUGAUUACAAGAACGUGGAAAUUAAAAUCUGUACAGCAACUGAUAUAGUAGAUAGCGAUAAUGAUUCCGCUAUGAGCUCGACACAGUCAAGCUAUCGAUCUUCUGCUUCAUCACCGAUGCAUAAUCUAGAUACUAUUGAAUCAGAUAGUUCACGUCUUUCACCAAGGAUAUCUCAUUACACUUCGUAUUCACUCGUCAAAACCGAGGUUCCGAAGAAAACAAGUGUUUCAGAGAAGACUUGUGAAGAGUACGUAAAGCGCAGAAUUUGCCGAUCUGUGUCUUCAGAUACAAACGUUUCACUUAGCUCCUCCGCGGGUUCGGCGGCCACAUCAGGGUCGCAAGCGAGUUGUAGCUCACUUGAAAGUUCUGUCGCUGACUCCGACAAGAGAAAAGUUUCGAAAUCGUAUAAUAUUGAUACAAUAAACAGGAGAAAUAUUUUAGCUUCAGCUAAAUGUAGAAGCGGCAGAGAUUCAAAGCUGAAAUCGCCUGUGGUGGAAACUAAAUUCUCGCACGAGUCAUUCGACAGGUCCCCGAGUCCAACUCAUAAAGUGUCUGAUCGCCUUUCUACGCUCACGUCUUCAGUGAGUGCUGUAUCGAAUAAAGGCGAAAGCAGACGACGCAAUAAAAUAAUCGCCGAAACCGAUUCAGACAGCGAUAGCGAAGUUAAUGUCCGACAAAGGAAAGCUGAGUUUAAAAAUACGAGACUUAAAAGAAAUUCGAGUUCAGGGAAAAACAAACAAAACGAAGUGAAUUUAGGUUCACCUAAAGCUGAAGAUGCACCAAAAGUCAUAUCAGAGAAGAUAAUCAAAGAAAUUAAAAAGGCAGGUCUUGACAAUUACAAUCUUAACAACAAUAUUAACAAAUUUGCAAUAGCUGAUAAGGCAAUCACUGAAGUUAAGAAAAUCGACAACAUUGUUAAAAAAAAGGAAGAUAGAACUAUUAAGACAGAGGCAAUUGUUCCGUCUCCUAAAAGCAAAAGCAAAGAUGUUACGGAUAAAAUUCCUGUAAAGAUAUUUUCCAGCGCAAUUAGUAGAGUCGAGUGUAAUGGCAAAACUGACAGCAGUUCUGUGGAAGACGCUACGUCCACGCGAAUAGUCCGCUUGAAGCGUGGAGCUGGAAGUGGCGUAGGUUUAAUAUUGGCUGGUGGAACCGAUUGUGAAGCUAAAGACGUUACGGUUCACCGAGUGCUGGCAGACAGCGUGGCAGCCAAGGCAGGACUGAAGCGCGGCGCAAAGUUGCGCAGCAUUAACGGCCACCCGAUGACCGGUUUGACGCACGCGCAGUCAGUCACUAUCCUUAAGGAGCAACGAACAGAAGUUGUCAUCGAAAUCGAAAACGAAAAUAAAUUAAAUUCGAACGGUCCACCAUGCGGCUCUGAAAGCGCGGAGUCGAAGGUGCGGAGUGAGAUAGGAGAAAAGGAAAAUAGCGAUGAAAAAUCUGAUUUAAUAGUGACAGUCUAUCUGGAAAAGGCAGGAGGAGGCGCUGGGCUCGGUUUCGGCCUGGACGGUGGCCGAGACUCGCCGCAGGGAGAUCGGCCUCUUACUAUUAAGAAGUUAUUCGCGGGAGGGGCAGCAGCUCAAAGCGGGCGCGUACUGGUCGGCGCGGAGCUUCUCUCAGCUGGCGGACAGUCUAUGGAUGGGUACACCCGCACGCAGGCCUGGGCUGCACUCAAGGCUCUGCCAGCUGGGCCCAUAGCUCUUGUUCUCAGAAACCCGAAAAACAACCUGGCUUCUUGAAAGCUAAAUUGUUCCACACGGCACUGAUUGUAAUCAAAAUGCAAAAGAGUUCGCUAUAUUUAUUCGGUUUUCGUAUUGGCGCGCAAAGUCCAGGAAAUUGAUUGGGCUGCCUUUGGUUGAAUUAGUUCGGUGACGCGUGAAUGCCUCUUGGAAUCUGGUUAGCACUCAGUCUAACGAGGGUCAUUUAUCUGCGAACGUUUACGUAAAGAGAGAAUAAAAAGAUGCUAACUGACACCUUUCAAUUUAGUGAAGUGCGUCUAUAGUAAAAGCGUCACAGGCAGAAUGCGCCUCGUACUAAUACCUAAAUACAUAUUACUCUCUACAUCAGUCAGUACUUCGGUAGGCUUCUUGUAAAUAAAGUUGUACCAUUUUGUUCCUUACUUCAAUGGAAAUAAUGGCAUAUUUUCGUAAGUUAGGCUUUUUUCAAGACUGUUCCUUUUUGUUAAAAAUGUUAUUUAUUUAAAUUUGUUUUGAAUUGAUGUUCAAUUAUUGUUUUGUGAAAUUACACCAC